GCGAAACCGGGUCCGGCGCGCGCGCUUUCUCGCUGUUAACAGUUUUGACAUAAAUAUAAUCGUCGUAAUAUAAAUAACAGUUUAAAAACAGGUUUACUAAUAAGGUUUGUACCAAAAAAUGGAAAACUCAAGCAAUAACAAUUUCCCGAUAGAGAUAAAUGAUGUUGAAUCAAAAAAAGCAGAAGAAUUAAUGAAAUAUUUCACUGGUGAACACACCGGGUUCGUCCGCGUGGGCCCCAAGGGCUACUUUCUGCCGCACAAAUACAAACAAGAAGCCUCCAACAUCUAUAACAUGGAAGUCAGACCGACUGAUAUUUUCAUCACCAGUUAUCCACGUUCCGGAACAACUUGGACUCAAGAACUGGUUUGGAUGGUUGCAAACGACCUGGACUAUGAAACCUCUAACGCAAUACCUCUCACUGAACUUAAGAAAUAUUGGAAAUACUUCAUAAGUGAUUUACAUCAUUGGACUCCAUAUUUUGAACAUCUGAAAGAAUCCUGGGAGAAGAGACACAAUCCUAACUUAUUGUUCCUGUUUUACGAAGAGCUUUCUAAGGAUUUACCAGCGGCGGUGCGACGAGUCGCCGACUUCCUCGGCAAGUCUUUCACAAAAGAAGAAAUCGACAAACUGUGCGAACAUCUCAGCAUCGAUAACUUCAAGAAUAAUAAAUCCGUCAACUACGAUGUUAUGAAGGAAUUAGGAAUUUUAAUAUCAGACGGACAGUCCUUUAUCAGAAAAGGUAAAGCAGGAGGCUGGCGCGAUUAUUUUGACGAAGAAAUGGCACUAGAAGCUGACAAAUGGAUGGAAAAAAAUCUGAGCGAUACAGACUUACGCUUCCCACACUUAAAACAGUAAUAUGUACUUAUAAUAUCCCUCAUACAAACUGUGUAAAAAUCAAUAAUUUAAACUGUCGUAAUUUUAAUUUUAUUUUAAACUAUGUGUGAAUCUCUAUGUAUGAUUGUUAAUUUUGUAAAUAAAAAGAUUUUAAACUUA